UGGCAGAGACAGUAGCAGGUUACACUAUUCGGGACAGAGAGAGAUGGAGAGAGAGCGCGAGCGCACGCAGUUAGAGGUGCAAACAUGGGGAAUCAGAGAUAAUCCCACUGCUGCCAUCAACGUGGCGAACAUAUCAUCAAGUUCGCUAUGAUAAAGUCAAGUUCUUAACAAAAGUCAUGUGUAGACAAAGCCUCUGCCGGGAAAGUGGUGCUUUCUGUUAGGUUUAUCUCUAUGGCGUACUAUUUUAUCUUAAAGUUGUGGAGCAACAGUCCAGUGCUGUGAUGCACACACCGCAGGCUUUUCUCCCGGACUCGGCUUGGGUCUACCGAAUGUAGGCUAAGGAAAUUCAAUGGAAGCGUUCAGAUCAAAGCGUUGAAUAUGACCUAUUUAUUGCAAAUAUUUGUUUAUUUAUUUGAUGAGUAAAAAUAUAGUUGAUUUCGUUCAUUUACAUGAGCAAUAUUUUGAUGUUUUUAGAACAGACUGCUCACCGUCGUCUCAUUUUCACUUCAGCGAAGCAACAUCUUCCUGUCAUUUUUCCACAACGCAACGCGGAUUACGCGCGCAGCCAAGAGUGUAUAUCCCAUGUUCAUCUGCUGGGCUUUUCUGAGACUGCUCCGGUUGUAUACUUCUGCAAAGCUCAUCAACAUCAACAUCAUCUGCCACUUCAAACACAUCAAGCCAUAAGAGGAGGGAGCUUAGCUGCUUUUGGCAUUUCAAAAAGAGGCUGGUUAAAGAAACUGCAGUGGAAAAAAACACCUUCAGGAUGACAGUGAGUUUCUUCUAAGUGAACUAGAUGACUCCACUGGACCUGUGCCCUGGAAACAUCACCAUUUGACCGAGGACUAUCAAAGUGACUGCUGACAUCAAAGUUUUAAUUGUUGUUUUAAAAAAGAAGAACAAAUGCUUGGGCAUCUCUGGUGGCCUGCUGGGUAGCAGUGGUCUUCUUGUACCGUAGUAGCAGCAGCUGAACCACGGUUGCCAUAGUGGAACAAUGGCACGGCCAGGCUCUGGGGUGCUGGUGUCGGUCAACGGGCUGGGGUACCCUCCUCAGAACCUGGCCCGGGUGGUGGUGUGGGAGUGGCUGAACGAACAUGGGCGCUGGCGGCCCUAUAGCGCGGCAACGUGCCACCACAUAGAGAACGUACUGAAGGGGGACGUGCGGGGGACUGUGGUCCUUGGACAGGUGGAUGCCCAGCUGGCCUCUUACAUCAUCGACCUGCAGUCCAUGCACCAGUUCAGACAGGACACAGGCACCAUGAGGCCGGUCCACAGGAACUUCUAUGAGCCGUCGUCGGCCCCGGGGAAGGGUGUGGUGUGGGAGUGGGAGAACGACAGCGGCUCCUGGACGCCCUACGACAUGGAGAUCUGUGUGACCAUCCAGAAUGCCUAUGAGAAGCAGCACCCCUGGCUGGACCUGACCUCUCUGGGCUUCUGCUACCUCAUUGACUUCAACAGUAUGGUCCAGACCAACCGGCAGAGCCAGAGGAAACGCCGCCUGCGCCGACGCAUGGACCUGGCCUACCCUCUCAUCAUGGGCUCCAUCCCCAAGUCCCAGUCGUGGCCUGUGGGCGCCAGCUCCGGCCAACCCUGCUCCUGCCAGCAGUGCAUUCUAGUCAACAGCACGCGGGCCGCCUCCAACGCCAUCCUGGCCUCUCAGCGUCGUAAGCUGUACGGAGGGGCCGCAGGAGCUCCAGGGGCCACAGGCACGCUCAAUGUGGUACGGCAGAGUAACACUUUCGCCGGAACCACACUCUGGUCCCCAACCUCCGGUGCCGGGAGCAACAACAUACAGCAUAACAACAUAAGUGCAGGAAGUGGCCAAGCUAAAGUUGAACAGGUGCAGUCGCCCCUGUCUAGUUCCAACUUCCCUUGUUCCCCGGCACUGCCAUCCCUUCCGCUUGCACACGGCCACUCCCACACCCAUGCACACUCCCACGGCCACCAUGUCAUCAUCAACGGGCAGAACAACCUGAACCGGCCAGGAACCCAGCGCAUUUCUAUGGGCACUGCUAGAGGAGCCAUCCCACCAGGGGUCCCGGCCCUCCCUGUUAAGAACUUGACUGGCUCUGGACCAGUUCACCCAGCAAUUGCAGGUAUGACAGGUAUCCUGAUGUGUGCUGCUGGCCUGCCUGUGUGUCUGACCCGGGCCCCUAAACCCAUCCUGCACCCGCCGCCUAUAAACAAGAGUGACAUGAAGCCUGUGCCCGGGGUCAAUGGCAUCCGCCGCAAGACCAAGAAGAAGCACCUCAGGAAAGGGAAAACCCCAGAGGAUGUGGUGCGGAGAUACACGGAGAAAGUGAAGGUUGCCCCUGAUGAGGACUGCACCAUCUGCAUGGAGAGGCUGGUGACAUCAUCGGGCUACGAGGGUGUCCUGCAGCACAAGGGCAUAAAGCCAGAAAUGGUGGGCAAGCUUGGAAAGUGUGGGCACAUUUACCAUCUGCUGUGCCUGGUGGCCAUGUACAACAAUGGCAACAAGGAUGGCAGUCUGCAGUGCCCCACCUGUAAGGCUAUCUAUGGGGAGAAGACAGGCACACAGCCCCCUGGGAAGAUGGACUACCAUGUCAUCCCCCACUGCCUGCCCGGCUACCUGGAGGCCAAGACCAUCCGCAUCGUCUAUGACAUUCCUGCUGGCAUACAGGCCACAGAGCAUCCCAACCCAGGGAAGAAGUUCAGUGCUAGAGGCUUCCCAAGGCACUGCUACCUCCCAGACAAUGACAAGGGCAGGAAGGUCCUGAAGCUUCUGAUCAUGGCGUGGGACCGCCGCCUUAUCUUCACCAUCGACACGUCCAGCACCACCGGCGAGUCAGACACGGUGGUGUGGAACGAGAUCCACCACAAGACAGAGUUUGGCUCCAACCUGACAGGGCACGGCUACCCAGACCCCAACUACCUGGACAACGUCCUGACAGAGCUGUCAGCCCAGGGGGUCGUGGAGGACAACCUGAAGGACUGAGGGGGGAAGAGAGGCCACUGAGGACCACCACCCAUACAAUACUCCUCUCUGACAUAGAGUGGGCCUCUGCAUGAAGAGGCAACAUUCCGCCAAGAUAGCUAUAUUUUACUCCCACACCCAAAACAGACCUAAAGACCCUCAGAUUCUGUAUGUGGCCAUGAGAGCGGAGGAAAUAUAGCAAAUGACAUGAUAACAUCACAAUUGUGUUAUACUGUUAUUUGCAUUUACCUAAACAUAACUGUAAAACCUUUCUGACUACUGUCUCUUUGUCAAUGCCUUGAGCAGGUGUAUGUUUGGCAAAAUUUCAACCUGAUACGGAACGUAAAGACAGGAUUUUAAUGAAAACUGAUCUCAAUGUGUAUUGGUGGUUGUGGGGUUUAGACAUUGAUAAUCAACUGAUCAUUGAUUCCUCUGAGACUGGAUUUUGAACUUCCCCUUUUGUACUGAAGAAGAUUUAAGACUGUGACAUUGUAGCAUUGAAAGAGAUGUCUGUUUAUACUCACCACCAAACCAUGUGGCCCAGAAUUUGAUAUUGCAUUUUAAUGUUGACUGCACACCUGGAAUUUUUGCAGAGACAGUUGGCUCGGGCUCUGAAGGCUUCAGAUGUCUGUCCCGGUUUGUUCUAGUUUUAUCAGAUGUGUAUUUUUUAAUGAGUAGGGAAGUGAUUUCUCAAAUUGUAGUUGGUAUUUGUGUGGAAAUCUUCAGGAUAAUUUUUAUAUGCAGAAUUGUAAAAGCGUGAUUGCUUUCCCAGUCCAAUUCACACCAAAUCUACACAGUUCAGCUUGUUGUGAUAUGCUGAUGAGGUUGAUAGUGAGAGUCUUUUGAAAGCGAGGCCUUUUGCUUAGUUUUAGCUUGGUGAUUUUCUGCAACAAAACUGUCUGUAAAUCUGAGUGGACAGUCACGGUGAUGUGAUUCUCAGGAAGGAGAGAGGGCAUCUCUGAUUGGCUACACAGGGCCGUUUCACAAAGGCUUGGCUCCACUGGCCUUUGAGCCUGUUGAAGGUUCACAUGCACCUUCUGACAGAGAGACAGUCAGUUGAUCUGAAGAUUCAGCUGUCUCACAGUAGAUGUAUAUUCUAACAGGGGUGCCAACCUGGGGAGGCCUUUGGAAGUUAACCUGAUAUAGAUCCAUACACAAGCAUCUUACCCAUCAGUUAGAUGAUUGUUCAAAAAAUGUAUGCUUCUGUAAGUUAAGAUCUGAGGCAGUCGAGCAAAGCCUCGCUCCACUCCAAGGUUAACCUCAUUCAUUUUGUUGAAACACUGGUGACGUUGACCUCUGUGAAUAAGCCUGUCUUAGAGGAGGCGUUGGAAUGAUCUAUCACGCUCGCAUCACAUGUGCUUGCCUACUUGCGUGUGUGUUUGAAUGUGUGUGUGUGCUGUGGUGUUAAUACACUCUCUGGCUUUCUAAGGGCUUUAUUUAAUCCGUAUUGCGGUAGUUCAGCAUUACAGCGUGAUUGAAAUUUAAAGACAAUGUUCCCGCUUCAGCAGAGACUGCAUUCAUGGUAAACUCAAUCGGAAAUGACUUAUACAUUUCCAUGGCGCAAUCUGGAACGCCUCAGUCCUUGAACAGAGGAGCAGAACAUGCUUCGCAGAGAGCGAUGUCCUCUUCAAAGAAUGACUCUCUCCUCUGAUCCAUCAUAGAGUAGAGUAGGCAGAGCGCCCCCCCC